AUGCAGCGAAAACCGCUUCAUAUUCUUGCUCUCGGUGAUUCGCUUACAGCUGGUUAUCACAACUAUGGUGCAUCUCAUCAUCCAUAUGCCACACAUUUAACAAAGUUAUUCGAAUCAACCAAUACUCCUGUUGAGAUAAAUGAGCAAGGGGUGGAUGGUGAACGAGUUGUACCAGCAAUGGCUAAGAGACUUGGUCGUCUGUUAGAAAAAGAUGCAUUUUACGACUGGGUUAUUAUAUUAGGUGGUACUAAUGAUUUAGGCAAUGAUAUAUCCGCUGAAAAAAUCUUCAAAGAAGGUUUAAAGCCAAUGUAUAAGAUGUGUCUUAAUCAUAAACAAUCAAAAAUUAAAUUGGUCGCAAUGACUGUUAUUGAAAACACGUUUAACUCACCGACAUGUGAACGAGAUCAAAAUAGACAAGCAUUGAAUACAAUGAUUCGCGAUUAUGUGGCUAAGACGAACGAUCAUAAUAGAGUUUUUCUCGUCGAUCUUGACAAAGGUAUACCCUAUCAUAGUGUAAACGAUAUCCAAGAGCGACGACAGAUUUGGAAUGAUGCUCUUCAUUUAACACCUGCUGGAUAUGAUCGUAUGGCAACAUUAAUAUUUGAUGAAAUUAAAGAUAAACUAUAA